CACCAGAUCACUGACAAGCAGACGCUAGAAUGCCCACCAGCCAACAGAAAGCAACUCCUAGGCGCCAUCAGCGAUCAACGAUCGCUUGUGAGACCUGCAGAAAUCGCAAAGUGAGAUGCAGCCUCAACAUUACCGGUGUUCCCUGCAUCGGGUGUGCACAGGAUAACACCCAAUGUGUCGUGGAUCCGAAAAGACAGGAAAGGCUUCGUCGCAAUCGGACUUCUAAAGUACAGCAUCUUCACACCCCUUCGAACAACGCCCUGCCGGGGGUGAGCCGCGCCACCCGGCCUCAGAAUAUUUCAUCGCCUGCUUCUGACUAUCCCCGAGAGACAAUAAACCGCUACGAGACCGAUCUUAUAUCGAGGAGGCAGACUCCUUUGCUGCUAAAUGAUGCAGAAAGUGAGGAGCAAUACGGGCUCGAGAUUGCCGCUGCUGCGUUGGGACAACCUCGAAGAGCAGGCGGAGUGCCUUUCUACUCCGGAGCAGGAACUGGGCCAACAUCUGCUUUGGAAAUCUGCUUGUCUGACCAGUCGCUGUCAAAACAUUUCCUCGUGCCGUCGAGCCCGGCUGUCCAUCUCGCCGAAGAGGAUAAGAAGUAUCUCGAAAGCAAGGGUGUAUUCACAAUGCCAGGCCCCGCAACAUGCGAUAGUCUUUUGCGAGCCUACUUCCAUCACGUACAUCCGAUCAUGCCAAUUCUUGAGCCAGACGUGAUUCUCGAACACCACCGCACUGGCCGAUUACCGGAAAACAACGUCUUGAUCUUUUGGUGCAUCUUCUUUGUGGCGUCGAACUUUAUUCCUCCCCAGGUAUACGAGCAGGAAGGGUACGGAUCGCGCAAAGAGAUGAAGGCCGCGAUGUAUGCUCGGGCAAACUGCAUGUACAAUCACGGAGGAAAAAUGGAUAAGAUAAUUCUACUGCAAGCAUCGUUGCUGAUGGCAUUUUGGCAUUCCGAAGCAGAUGAACACACACAACCAUGGUACUGGAUGGGCAUUGCCAUUAGCUUCUGCCAAAUGCUAGGCCUCCAUCGAGACCCAGAUCUAUCCACAUACAAUUCCUCGAUCACGGAUCGCCAGCGACACCUUUGGCGAAGAUUAUGGUGGUCCUGCUUUUCGCGCGAUCGAUGGUUGAGCCUGACCUUGGGCAGACCGUUGCGAAUCAACCUCCACGAUUGUGAUACGCCAAAGCCAUCCGUUGAUGACUUUCUGAGCGAUGUUGUAGGCCUGUCUCCGCAGAUGACAUCCUACCUACCAGAAAACCUGGAAGUAUUGGCCAGCCAUUGGGUUAAGUAUCUGGAAAUCAGUGCUAUACUAGGCGAUGUGAUUAGCAUGCACUACCAGGCGAGUAAGCCUAGGCCGUCGCUAAAAAAUGUCAAUGACAUGGAGAUCAAGAUAUCCCAAUGCACUGUUCCAGAACAAGACGAUCCGAGUUUAUCUCGUGUUGCUAUCUUCGGCAUCUACCACCUCCAGUUGCACUACCAUGCACUUGCGGGAUCAUUCUAUCGGCCGUUUAUUACUACGUUACCGAAAGACCUCGACCCAGUUGACAAAGAAGGCUGGACACAUCGUAUGCGACUGAAGGCCGACGCAGCAGCUUCUCAUACAAACACUGUCGUCGAAGCUAUGGCCCAAGACGGCCUGCUUGAAUUUUCAGGGCCCAUGACACCUCCCCUCCUAGUCCCAGCAAUGCAAACCAACCUCCUCAACUGCAAGAUUGGCAACUCCUUAUCUAAACGACUUCGCUUCAACAAACUUAGUAUGUGCAUGAUGGUGAUGGAAGAACUUCAAAAGACAUACACCGUUGCGUCCAUAUACCGCGCGAUCUUCGCAAAGGCCAUCCAGCUGCUCUUUCCGGAGAAUACAGAGACUACUUUACCAGGAUACCCUGAUGCUGGCGCCGACCAUAAUCUAACCGAUACCUCGCGAUUGGAAGAAACUGGUGAUGUUAUGGGGACAGCGGAGAUCGGGGCCAUAAAUGCGCCGGUUUAUAAUGAUAUUUCGGCGGAUGCUUUCGUCGAUCUGCUCAUGGAUGAAGCGUCUAUAUUCAAUUUCUGGGAUACGUGGACCCGAACUUGAGCCAUUACUAUGCAAAAUGGACUAGUACAGUAUGUAUCUGGGAUGCAUUACGGACUUUCACUUCAAAGCAGAUAGUCACUUAUAUCAUCGCGGCCUAAAUGCUACAAACUUUUCGAAGUCUAUAUCGAUCCCAUCUAAGUCCACCACCAAAGUUCACCAUAAGGAUAGACGACAUUUCUCAACGUUGGUCAGCAAUUAACCCCCCUACCCAAAAGAAAAAACAAACAAACAAAAAGAAGAUGGAAAAAAGGAGAAGAAUACAUACAACAGAAGGGAUUCGCUGGUG